GAAGUUAUAUUGAAAACCCAAAAAAUGAAAAAAAAAAAAAAAAGUACGACUCGCAUAACAUGAGGACCCAGUACUACGUCUAUCAUGGGCCCAUUGAAAGGGACCGGCGAGUUGUCAUGCUAUUGAUCUUGGCGUGGGUCAUAGAGAUCCCAGAAGUCAGUUUGAAGGAUCAAAAAAGCGGGCGGAUACAUAGGGGAAGUUGUGUAUUCAAGCAAUUUAGCGAAACAAAAUGCACAUGGGUGGAGUGUGGCUGGGAUAAUCGUCCAGUCUGACCAUAUCUAACAGGGACAAGACCCCUGUCACUUAUAACCCUGGACCAGGGCAAUUGUCUGUGAGCCAACUGAGGUGUCUACUUUUUCCAACGGAUUUCUAGUGCGAUAUUUAUCGUGUUUCCGACUCAUAAGGCUGCGGGUAAACUUCCGAGUGGG